AUGAGUACCAGAGGCACUCCUGCACCUGCUACUUCGAAAGGUUAUUCUACUCCUCCUCCUCUUCCUAAUGUGGUUAAUGGAUAUCCAGUUAAUAAUAAUUACACUCCUAAUCCUGCUCCUAAUGCUGCUCCUGCGUACUACUACUAUUUUCCCGCACAACCAGCCCCAACUAAUCCUUCAGAAUUAAGCCAUGAUAAUGUGACGUCGUUUGUUCCUCAUGGACAUGACAUUAGUGAGGGCUUAAAGCCACCCAAUGCAUAUGACAAUACUUCCUCAAUUGCUGGACCUGACCAACCGGAAAAUUCAAAAGGAAGAAUUUGUACUUGUGCUAAUCCCCAGCUGCCCAACAAUAAUGGAAAAGUUGACAAGCACAAGAAUAUUGGAGAAAAGAAUUGCAAGAAAAAGAAUGGGAACAAAAAGAAUUCCAGAUCAAGCGGCGAUUCAUUCAAGGUUCGUGGGAAUACUAUUAAUGGAGGCCUAUUAAAGCACCAAUUCCCUCUCCUCACUCCUACUUUCUGUCUCGUGGGGCUCAGCAAAUGGAAAUUUCCAUAUUUUUUCUACAUUUCCGGCGUCUUUUGUACAUACACACCUCCUUUUACAUGGAAAAACAAUAAUUGA